AUGGCCAAGUCGGUUGGGAAAGGAGCUGUGGCUCAAGGGUCUAGCUCCUCUGCUGAUGCAGCAGCUGCACUUAUUGCAGCGCCAUCGGAGACCAGCGACGACACCACUACCAUUUGCGGGGGGGAUGAUGAUUCUAGCCUGCAAAAGCAUGCCGAAGCUGAACAAGUUCGGUGGAGGGAUCUGCCGAGUAAGAAUCAGCUCUUCAUCCUGUCCCUCUGUCGAUUAUCCGAGCCGCUGUCGAAUGUCUGCCUACUGCCCUACAUAUUUUACCUCGUUCGGUCCGUCUUGCCGAAAUCCGAAGACGACUCUCCCGACGACGCGGCUGCGCGCAUAUCAGAGUAUUCGGGUUUGUUAGUGGCUGCCUUUCCGUUAGCACAAUUCGUUGUCAGUCUUCCGUGGGGCAGAAUUUCAGACUCUCAUGGCCGCCGCAUCUCUAUAAUUGCCGGGCUCGUCAUAUCCGUCCUGGCAAAUAUCGGCUUCGGCCUCUCGAGAUCUUUGGGCGCAUUCCUGUUCUGGCGGACACUCGCCGGGUUUGCCAACGGAAAUGUCGGCAUUAUGAGGACAGUGACGGCGGAAAUUGUGAAGGAGCGCAGGUUCCAAACCAAAGCAUUCCUUCUGCUACCGUUGGUGUUCAACUCCGGCAUGGUAGCCAGUCUUGCUUUAGGUGGCAUGUUAGCUGAGCCAGUUAUCAACUUGCCUUGGCUUUUUGGGCCAGGCGGCAUCCUCAACACGAUCGGGAAUCCUGAUGGUGUGGUGUGGGCACUCACAUAUCCGUACGCCCUGCCCGCGCUGCUAAAUGCCACACUCUUGACUAUUGCUCUGGCACUGGCGGUGUUGGGCCUUCGGGAGACACUCCCGGGUAAAGAAGGCCAGAGUGAUAUCGGUCUUGAAACGGGCGUCGUGCUAAGACGAUUUGCAAGGCGCUUACUCACAGCGCGUAAAAGCGAUUACGUUGCCAUUCGAGAAACCGAUGAAAUACUAAUGGAUAUGACACCAGUCAUCGAGAAACCCACAACUACUAUCAACAUCACUGAUAGGCGCAAGACCCCCUUUCGAGAUAUUUGGACGCGGAAAGUAGUAUGCGCCCUAGUAUCAUUUGGACUCCUCCCUUUGCACAACUCGGCCUUCAUGCACAUCUUUCCAGUAUAUCUCAGCAGCCCUCCAGCAGAUAAUACCGAGGCGACAUUCUACGCGUUCACCGGCGGUCUGGGUCUUCGAUCGGCAACCAUCGGCCUCUGGCUCUCAGUCUUUGGUAUAUGUGGCAUUUUGCUGCAGCUAUUCAUCUACCCUCGGCUGCAAGUACGGAUCGGCACUCGUGGAGUCUUCCGCAUUGCAUUAUUUCUCUUUCCGAUCACAUACACCGCGGCUCCGUAUCUUUCGUUACUGACUGGAGACCACGAGGCACGAUGGGUGUUCCUUGGGCUCAUAGUUUGCGCUCAGAUUAUGGCUCGCACCAUGGCCAUCCCAAGCACUGUCAUCCUCCUAACCGAGGCAGCCCCUGAGCGAUCCGUACUGGGAACUAUUCAUGGCGCUGGGAAUAUGCUUGCCAGUCUUGCCCGCGCGAUCGGCCCGGCCAUUGGUGGCUAUGUGUUUGCUCUUGGCGUUGAAGAAGGAGUAGUUGGGCUGGUAUGGUGGCUAUAUCUGGCCAGUGUUGCAGUUGUUGCAGUUGUUGCACUCGCAUGGCCAUACUUGAUGGAUAGGAAAGUCGAAGAGCAUGAAUAG